CGGAUGCGGCGGCGAUGCCACCACCACCACCACAAAGCUCAACGGCAGCGCAACCAGGGGGAGUGGGAGUGCAACUGGGAGCGACGGAGGCGCAACCGGGAGGAACGGGGGUGCAACCAGGAAGAGCGAUGGCCCAAGGAGGAGCACCGCCGCGAGCAACGGUUCAGGUCCCCGACCAGCAGGUGAUAAUGACCAGGCAGAAGAUGCAACAAAUGGUGGCGGAGGCAGCUGCGCAGGCGGUUCAGCAAGAUUUUGCGGAGAAGUUGACAAAUCAAUAUUCGAGCGCGGUGGCUCAGGAGAAAAUGUAUUUGACAUUGAUGGCGAUGAGACAAGGCGAGAAGGAGUCACUGCGUAAAUAUGUCACUCGAUACAAUCAGGCUUGCUUGGAGAUUCCAUCCGUGGUCGAUGAGGUCAAGGCGGGAGGAUUGAUUAGGAGUUUGCGGGCAGGACCGUGUCGGACUUCUCUGGCUAAGACUCCUGCUCAUACGUAUGAUGAGGUGUUGAGAAGGUGUAGGAAAUAUAUUAAUCUCGAGGAGACCGAGGCGGAGUUUGCCAAGCUAGAGGAGUUAGGUCGAGGGGAGUCGAGGAAAGAGAAAGCAGUUUCGCCUAAAAGGAAAGCCUCGCCCAGGAGAGAGGGGCGAGCUAAGCAAGAUCGAGGACGAGAGUACAGACGGAAGGACCGGCCUAUCUCUGGAGGGAAAAGAUUCCAUGAUUACACCCCGUUGAACGCGAAGGUAGCUGAGGUCUUGAUGGCCAUGGAGAAAGGGAUAGAUGGGAAAGAUGUGACGUGGCCAAGGUCGAGGUUCGAAGGGCCAACCCAACCGAAGUCGAGGAGAUAUUGCCGCUUCCACAAAGACUAUGGCCAUACUACUAAGGAUUGUCGGCAUCUCAAGGACGAGAUUGAGCGCCUUAUUCGAGCAGGGCAUCUCAAGGAGUUU